GAAAUGGACUACAAUUGGUGGUCUUGAUGCUGUUUUCUUGAGCUUCUCAAGAUAACUGCUGUAGAGACUACUUCGAAGCACUUAAUCGAGGAAACAGAUUUUGUGAAGGAAUGUGUUGCUCAUAUUCUUUAUUUCGACUUCAUGUGAGAGUUUAAUAUGCGGGCCACAGGAAUGAAGUGACAGAAUAUUCAGGUGCCACUUAGGAAGUUUAAAUCUUCUCAUUGCCCGAUAAUCUUUAUACGUUUCAAGUUUCAAGAAACAGAAGGAGAGCAAUAGUAAUAGUAUAUUCCAAGAAUUAUUUCCUCCGCGAACGGAUAUGCAAACAUCAAAUUAAUUUCUUACCAAUGUACUUUUUCAUUUGAACUAUAUACGUUGCUGUUGGCCGAAGUGCUUAGCCAGCAAGUUCUUGUUUCUUCAUUCCUGACAGUAAUAGAAAAUACCAUUUUGUGCAUCCGCCCAAAGAAGACAAAACUGCAGGCUCAAUGGAUGAUGUCUACAAUCAAAUUACUGCUCCAUCAUGGCAUUGAUAAUGGAACGUUGUUGGGAUACUUUGUCUUAUUACUGAUACUUUUGUGCAUAGACAUUCUAGUUAUUUGACUUUCUUUGAGGGGAAGUUCCAUUCUGCAACCAUCUUUUUUUUUAAAUAAAAAACUGACAUGCCAUUAAACAAGAAAGAGGCUGACAAGGUAGGCAGAUUUAACUGGCCUGAUUUACUUUCCUAACAUGACCUUUUUGUUAGGUUGCUUGUUUCUCUAGAUUCGCCGGCUGAUGCUCUUUAGGAAGCCUUACAUUUUAAAUUUUUCACUUACUUCAGUUCUUAUAUAUCAAGACAACUGGAUAAAGCUAGGAAUGGUUGAUGCUCUUCCGGAGCCUUAUAUUUUAAUUCAUUUACUUAGUUCAGUUCUUAUUCAUCAGGACAACAGAAUAAGCUAGAAAUCUAUGCUGUUCACUAAUCACCACUCAGGCCAUCGCAUAUUCGUUACACCUCAUAGCUGCGGACUACUUCGAUAACAUCCAGAAUCCAACAUUAAUUUUCAGGCUGGAUUAUUCUCAAUUUACGAUAAGAGUACAACCGCUAAAAGUGAGAGAAAGAAGCAUUUGUAAAUAUCUUGUUAAUGAUGGCAAGAAACAAUGUUCAAUCACCGAAUAUAAACAAAAAUGAGACAAGCUCUUACUACUUGGAUAAUGGCAAGUGUUCGUAGAAUAUCAACCCAAGAAAUCAUGAGGAUAUCAAGAGCAUGGUUCAGAAGAAUCUCUUCUGAAAAGCUUAUUGACCUCUCAACAAUUCAACGUCUCUUUGAUGGCUCUCAGUUUGGUCUUUCUGGCGAGGAGAUCAAAGAUGUUGAACUCUCUCUCCUGCUUCUUGCUUCUGCUCACAGGGUAGGUAACAGACAAUUUGAUCAUGCAAGCAAAUUACUUAACUUGUGCGAUUUCUUGUCUUCUAAUAAAGGAAAUUCGGUCCAAAGAGUUGUUCACUAUUUCACCAAAGCUCUUCAAGAUAGGAUUUCUCAGGAAUCUGAGACAGUCUCAUCAAAGAGAUCUGAGAGUAAAGAAAGAAAGCUAUUAUAUCCUGCAGAGAUAACAGUAGGCGUGAAUCCUGCUCUCAUUUGGUGCUGCUUACAACUUCCCUGUCUUCAGUUAGUUCAGUUUGCUGGAAUCCAAGCAGUCAUAGACAGUUUAGACUCCGCAAAAAGAGUACAUUUCAUAGACUUUGGAAUCAAAACUGGAGGGCACUGCACGGUGUUGAUGCAAGCUCUUGCGAAUCGACAGGAAUGCCCAAUUGAGCUUUUAAAGAUAUCUGGUGUUGGAGUAAAAGCAUCGAGACAGAGAAUCGAAGAUGCUGGUAAAAGUUUAGCCUGUUUUGCUAAUACCUUGGACUUACCCUUUUCUUUCAAAACAAUUAUAGUUGCAAGCAUCAAAGAUCUCAAAAAAGAUAUGUUUGAAGUAAGUGAUGGUGAAGUUGUUGCAGUAUACUUGCCGAGUAUUCUGAGAUUUAUAAAAGCACAGCAAGAUUGCCUGCAAUGUCUACUAACAGUGCUAAGAAAGCUGAAUCCAUGCGUCAUGGUGAUUAUUGAGCCUGUGUUGAAUCACAGUUCACCAAUAUUCAUAGACAGCUUUCUUGAAGUACUACUUUUUUACAGCACAUGUUUUGAUGGUGUUGAAGGUUGCAUUGAUCAGUGUGAUCCAAAUAGGAUAUCAGUAGAAGCAAGUAUGGGACAGGAGAUUAGGGAUAUUAUUGCAGCUAAAGAUGAAGAAAGGAUUUUUGAGCACAUGAAGAUGGACGAAUGGAGAGAUUAUUUUAUUAGGUUUGGAAUGGUAGAAACACAAGUUAGUAUGUCAUCUUUCUACCAAGCAGAAUUGAUGCUCAAGAACUUUGCUUCUGGAAAAUCAUGCUUGCUUGUCAGAAAUGGAAAAUGCCUUAUGACUGGUUGGAAGGAAACUCCACUUCUUUCACUUUCUGCUUGGAACUUCCAACAAGAACACUCAAAGAAGAAUUGCACCAAGAAAUCUAAAGUCUAUUGAAUACCAUAACAUCUUUAUCACAAAGUUCAAUAAAUUCCUUUCCACCUU